AUGUUUUGUAUACAUUUAAACUUUUCAUUGGUUGUAAGUGUCAGAUUUAAAAAAGGUCAUGGGUCAAGAGAGAGAGAGAUAAAGAGACUUUUAAGAAACGAGUUAAACGUGUGCGAAACAAAACUUCUUAAUUUAUCGUUUUUCAAAGCCGUCAAAACUGUUCGUCUUUGGAAUGUUCCACCUAUUUUUUAA